AUGGUAUCCAUCCAAUCAAACAAUUCAAUGACUUCCAAGGAACGCUCACAUUCUAGGAAAUGGCAAAAUCUCGACGUUAACAAAGAAGUAGUGUUGAAACAAGUAUGGACAUAUUUGUUCCACUUAUGGGGCAUCCCAGUAGAUGGGUCCGAGGCAUUUAAGGAACAACAAGUACUGUCACCAUGUAACAGUAUCAAAUCUGUCCCAGAACAACAACCAAAGAAGAAGUCAUCCCUAUUUGGUAAACUGUACUCGAUGACUUCAACUGCUACACAGGAUAAUCAGCAACAUCAUCACCAUCAUCAUUCACAAAACUCAACGGGUACCAUUCAAUACAUUCCAGGUUUAAUUCAUCCGGAAUUCGAAAGACUUACAGUGGAUGUCAGUGCCACACAAGAGGAAUUUUGGAAUAUGCUAAGAUUAGAUCCACCGGAUAAUCAUUUGUUGAGAUUUAUAAGGGCUCGUAAGUGGAAUACAGAUAAAUCAAUCAAGAUGCUUUCAUCAACUUUCCAAUUUCGUCUUUCCAAGAUGCAUAUUAAUGAAUUACUGAAUGAUGGUGAACGUGCCAUUUACGAUAAAGAUAUAAAGGGCAUAAUAAAGAAUUUAGAACUUCAAAAGGCAGUAAUAUUUACCUCAACAAGCGAUUCAUGCCCGCUCAUAGUUGUUAGACCCAAGUUCCACUAUAGUUCGGAUCAAACGGAAAAGGAAUUGGAAGAAUAUGCCAUCCUAGUCAUAGAACUUUCACGUCUCUUUAUGAGAGAUCAAGCAUCAAGUAUCUUAUUCGAUUUGACCGAUUUUAGCCUUUCCAAUAUGGAGUAUGCACCAGUUAAAUUUUUAAUUACUUGUUUUGAAGCGCAUUAUCCGGAAUCUUUAAAGCAUUUGUUUGUUCAUAAAGCACCUUGGUUAUUUAACCCUAUUUGGAACAUUAUCAAGAAUUCGUUAGACCCCGUGGUGGCAUCUAAAAUUACAUUUACUAAAAAUGCACAAGAAUUGGCCAAGUUCAUACCCAUGGACCAGAUUCCUUCAUAUUUAGAUGGUGAGAAUGAUUCAAUUGAUCUGGAUCAUUAUUCACCACCUGAUGGAUCUCUAGAUAAGCACUUCCAUGAUGAUACGAAGGGGAAACAAGAGGCCUUAGAGAGAAGGAAACAAUUAAUUGAUGAGUUCAUCAAAAUGACUGUAAAAUGGAUUGAAAGUUCAAAUAAAGAGGAUUCUAAGGCAUUUGCAAAACAAAGAUACCAAUUGAGUGAUGAGCUGGGUAGAAGUUAUGUCGAAUUGGACCCAUUCAUUAGAUCAAGAUCGAGUUACGACCUAAGUGGACAAUUGGAUUUAAAUAAAAAUUAA